ACUUUACUGUAAAUUCAGGGUCUAAUCACUGACAACAAUUGCCGUAAUUUGCAUGGUCAUUUUCCAGGAGCCCCCCUCCAUGGAUCUGCCCUCCUACAACAGCCAUGAUGAGGGUGACAAGUCAACCAAUGAGAAGUUCCUUCCCAGAGCAGAGGUGGUCAGGUCCAAACUCAUCCAGAGCUUCUACCUGCUGGACCAGUUACAGGAGGAGCAGAGAGGAAGCCCCAAAUACUGCACCAAUGAUGUUUUAGACGAGGACAACUACACCAGCCUGAUGGGGAAGGACACACACCAGCUAGUGCGUUUCGAGAUCUCCCCCCAGAGGGGCAGCACCAUCACCAUGGACCUCCGUCGCCAGGGACGACUGGAGAACCUCCAUGCCAACUAUCCGCCCUUGAACAUGUUUGCCCACUGGAUUCUAGAGAGUAUCCUUACACCCAGUCCUGAAUGGAAAACCAAAGCCUUGGGUUUUAGUUGUACCUGUAACUGCAAUAAUUGUCCAGGUAAAAUAUUUAUGCAUAUCGUUGUCAUCCUCAUCAUUCUGAACACCAUUGUCUUGGAGAUACAAGCAGAGGUGUUUGACAACAUGGACCCCAAGCUGGAGAUUGUGAAACUGGUUCUGGAAAUGUUGGACUGGAGCAUCCUGGCCAUCUUCUUCCUGGAGAUCGUAUUGAAGUGGUUGGACAACUUCUGGAACUUCUGGAAAAGCACCUGGAACAUCUUUGAUUUUGCUGUCACCAUGCUGUCUGUUAUACCAGAGAUCGUGAAGGUCUUCAAAGGGGUGGACACUGACGACCUGGAGAUUGUGGCACUCCUAAAGAAGUUCCGUAUCCUCCGCUCCCUGAAAAUUAUCUCCAAAUUCAGGCAGAUCCGCCUUAUCGUGUUGGCCAUCUCCAAAGCUUUCAAGGCUAUGACCUUCAUAUUCUUACUGCUGCUGGUGUUUGCUUAUAUCUUCGCUGUGGUUGGAGUCAUCCUGUUCGAGAGUUACACUCGCUCUAACAUCGAGGGCCUGGUCUACAAUAUGAACUUUAAAGAUAUCUACAACUCCUUCAUCACCCUCUUCAUCCUCUUCACCAUGGAUCACUGGUACGCUCUGCUCGCCGACACCCGCAAAGUUCCAGAACUGGACAAAGCCAUAUGUGGCUUAUACAUCAUCCUCUGGCUCCUCAUAGGCUCCUUCGUAUUCCGCAAUAUCUUUGUGGGUAUUAUGGUGAAUAACUUCCAGGCCAUCCGGAGUGACCUCUCUAAAGAGGUACAGCAGAUUGAGAUCCAGGCCAAAGCUGAUCUCUUUAAAGCUGAGAUCAUAAACAGGAGGAUAAGUCAUUCGAAAUUUGCCGGGCUGAGCAAAGUGGCAGAGGAUGGUGAAGAGUCAUUUUCCACUGAGGAUCUACUACAGUUUACAAGAUCUAAUAUUCCAGAAAAAGACUGGGAGUCGUACGUGGAGGAGAAUAUGAAGGUGAUGCAGGAGCAGGAGGAGGAUGAGAAGGUCACCUGGCCCCGGGAUUCCCUUUUCAGGUACUUUGAGCUGCUGGAGGUUCUCCAGCACAACCUGGACGAGAGGAAGAGGCUGCAGAACUUAGCAGUCCAGGCGUUGCUAAACCUGCACGACUCAUAGGACCCCACAUCGACAUCUAUUCAGAAGAGACACCAUAUUUUGAAGAAAAUAAAAUGUUUUUUUUCUUCCCAGUAUUGUCAGUGUCCAUGUUCAAUUAGUCAUCUAGUUCACCCUUGAGAACUAAAGCUGAUGUGGAGGGCAGAGAGAGCCAACGAUAGCCUGGUUAAACCAUACUGAAUGCUGUGCACACCGUUGUUUUACUUCACCUCAGGUUGGAUGCCAGGCUAAGGCAAUGAGGUCAAAUAUAUUUAUUCCUAGUAGUAGUCAACUUGAAUGGUCUCACAGUUCCACCCAAUAUGUAAUAGGGGGCACUCUUACACAGUGUCACUGAGCCCCCUGGGAGGUCAUGGACCAUGUCCACCACAGUUCUCCUUAAGAUUAUUCCCUGCCAUCGUAGAUU